ACGUUGUACGGGUGUAAUAUGGUGCCCGAAAUUAAGAAAACCAAGAUGUACCAUAUCCAUAUCACCAGAAUAGAAUAGUAAGGACUUCUUGGGACGACGGAAAGGGGUCAACUUCGUCGUGAACACCGCUUAAUACCAACCCGACUUAUGCUUAUCCUCUCUGGGACUGUCGAUCAAUGUAGCAUUCUCUCCACUUGAGAUGGGAACCACUUUAGGAGAGAUUCAAUAUAAAAGAUCUUCGCGCAGUUCGAGAGAAUCUUCAUUUUGUUUUUUCAGCCUCGUUAUCACCCAAUCGCAGUCAAUCCUCGGUAGCCCACAUCUAGGUCAACUUCACUUUGAACUCUCCUUUCAUUAGAAAAGAAAAUAUCAAACUCAAUCAUUCAAAAUGAAGUUCUCCGCUGCUGUUCUCUUCGCCGCCACCGCUACUGCUGCUGCCGCCGCCGUCGGCAAGCGUGACGUCGCCUUCUCCGUCAGUGGCUUCUCCGCCGGUUGCGCGCGCCAUAGUAGCAUAUGCGUGUACCACUUCGAGCUCAACUCCCCUGGCGUCGAGACUAUUGAAUGCUCUGCUCCCGGCCCCGCCAGUCCCAACGGCGAGCUGCCCGAGAUCAAGAGGGGGAAGUGCACCGAUGCCUCCACGUCCUUCGCUGUAGCCAAGGUUCCCGAGGGCCUGAACUUCAGCGUCCUCUCUGGCGAGCGGACGGCCUCCCACCUCAUCCCCAAUUCCGAGCUCGUCACCACCAACGAGCCCGACGACAUCAGGCAGAACUACAACGGUCCCAAAAACUUCGAUCUCACUAUAUAGAUACUUAACCUCGACACUCUUAGACAUAUCCGCAUCUUAUUAGAAAGCUUGGGGAGUUCAGCGUAUAGACGGAUAUAUGGUAGCCAUACCAUAGCUUAGG